AUUUGAAAUUCUAGAUAUAACUAAAGUUUUGAAAGAAAAUUAACCUAGUUUGACUUCGAAAAAAUCGAAAGGAAAAUAGGUUCUGUUAUUGUUGAACUUCACGUGAUACGUUUGUUCUUGAGAAAGUUUUAAUUAAUGAAUUACACUUAUAAGUUACGAAUAUUAACAUUUUUUUGUUUGAAGUCAUCACUUAUUAAUAUUUUACUAAGCGUGUUUUUCAUGUAUAAAAUGCGAUAAUAUUAGUGGUAACGUUACCGAGGUCAAAUCGGUUUAAACUGAGGAUUCAAUGGUCAACAAAGUAUUAUUGUAUGUUCAAAUGGUGUAACGCUCGCAAACAGGACUGCGCAGUAGUCCAGCAAGACUAAUUUAAAUUCUUCUAUUAUCCAAGAUUGUAAUAAUAAUGACUAAAACCGAUUGAUAUAACUAUUUAUAUUGGUAAUUUUUCAAAAACAUAGAACAAAAUGGUCGACAUUGUCGAUAAUAAAUGUAAGGAGGCUGAAGUAGUUGACGUGGAACAUGAAAAAUGGAAAAAAUUGAACAAAUUUUCUAGAGUGAAGUAUUUGGUUAAUCAUAUAACCGUUGAACCUUUGCUUGCAUCUUUUAUUAUAGCUAGUGUGCUGGGAGGUUUGACAACACAAAAUUUAAAUCUUCAAAAAGCAUGUCGGGUUAAUUUAAAUUUGGGCGAUGAAAUAUGUACAGCUCUCAAUUAUAAAAACAAAUCAGAUUUCAUGCUAAGCCAAGAAAAAAAAGUUCAAGACUUGGUAACAACCAUGAUAAUGUGGCAGUCAAUAAUUCAACACACAAUACCAUGUUUGUUUGUCGUAUUUAUUGGAUCGUGGAGCGAUAGAACUAACAAGAGGAAACCUAUUUUAUUAUUACCUAUUAUUGGAGAACUUACAAGAACAUUAGGAUUAAUAGUAUGCGUUUAUUACUUUUAUGAAUUGCCUAUGGAAGUUGCUGGAUUAGUAGAAUCUGUGCCCUCUUCUUUAUCUGGAGGAUGGAUGAUAAUGUUUAUGGCUGUUUUUACUUACAUUUCGGACGUUACUACUGUAAAAAUGAGAACUCUUAGAAUAGGUGUGAUUAAUUUAGCCGUCACAGUAGGCUUACCAAUUGGAAUCAUUCUGUCUGGAAUUUUGUUUAAAAAACUUGGUUUCUACGGUGUAUACUCGAUAUGUUCGAUUAUAUAUUCGUCGGGAAUGAUCUACGGUAUUUUUUGUAUAAAAGAUGCACCCAAGAAUAAAAUGGACGCAGUAACAAAUGGACCAUGUAUUGAAGAAAAAACAAAAUCAUCUUUUACUGACAAAGUACUAGAGUUUUUUAAUGCUAAGCAUAUUAAAGGAGCAUUUACCGUUACUUUCAAGGAAGGAAAAUAUAAUAGAAGAAUUAGAGUCAUAAUGAUUAUGGCUGUUCUUAUGAUUCUAAUGGGUCCUAUGUCAGGUGAAAUGUCUGUUAUGUAUUUAUCUACUCGCGUACGAUUUAAUUGGGAUGAAGUGCAGUAUAGUAUUUUUUCAGCAUACUUUAUGAUUAUCGGUCUUAUAGGGACGUCAUUUUCUUUGUGGGUUUUUAGUCAUAAACUAAAAAUAGACGAUGCAUUAAUUGCAGCUAUGGCAUGUUUUAGUAAAAUUAUUGGAUGUACAGUAUUUGCAUUUGCACAAAAUGAGUUUGUGUUUUUUUUGGGUCCCGUUGUUGAAAUUUUCCAUGGUGCUGGAUCAAUUGCUACAAGAUCAAUGUUUACAAAGCUUGUCGAAGCCAAUGAACUUGGACAAGUAUGUGCUGUAUUAGGGAUUUUUGAAGCCUUUGUACCUUUAAUAUAUGCACCUAUGUACAGUUCUUUCUACAGAGCUACCAUGCAAACCUUUCCCGGCGCUUUCUUUCUUCUUGGAGGAGGUUUAACAAUACCAGCAUUUUUCAUAUUUUUGUGGAUGUAUAAAGAAAAUAAAAAACAAAAAGCAGCACAAGAGGAAGAAUUAAAAGAAGAAAUGGAACAAAAAAAAAGAAUAGAAAUAUUUGAAGUAAUAGAUGUUAAACCGCCAAAAUUCACUGAAAUAUCAGAAAAAAAAGGUUUAGACAACACUAACUUCCAAAGUGAUGAAAACACGUCAAUCAAUUGAUAUAUAAUUAAUUGAAUCAUAUAUGACUUAAUUUUAUUGUUAGUGAUGUAUAUAUAUAUAUAUAUAAAUAUUUUAAAAUUUUGUUUGUAUAAAACUUUACUGGUGCAUUAGUAUAAAUAAAUUUAUAAAUUUAUCCUAUGUAAUGUCACACUUUAAUUAAUUUUCCCAAUGAUCUACUUAUAAUUCUUUUAUAUAUUAAUUAAAACUAUUUUUUAUACUUUAGUAAUUGUUAUUUAUUAAAUUAUUUUAAAUUUAA